GUAAAGCCGUCAGCUAUUACCCUAAGUGUAUACGAUAUCCCUAUGAAGAAACUACCCAGUGAAGCAUCAAAUAGAUUGAUGAACAUUCUAUACUCUAAAACAGCCCCUAAAGUAGCAACAACAACUUCAAAACUAUCCAAAACUUUAUAUGACGACAACACCGGCACCGACCCUUCAUACUACGACUUGAUCUCGAGACCAAUCUUGCAUGAAGCUCCCGACCUUGUGAAAAAGUAUAACCCCGACUCCAACAUCCUCAAGUUCAAUUGCUUGAAUUCAUACAUCACCAAACAGGAUUUCUUGCGUGUUUUUCCAAGAAACUCCCAGUUUUACCGUGAGUUUUCCGUGGGAACGGUUCCUUUAGAAGUUGUCAAAUCGAGAAAUCCUCACGAUUUGACAUUUCAACAAGCCUACUACCUUGUGUUUCCCUCACAAUUGCUUGCUUGUAUAUAUCUCCACGAAACUUCCACCAAGAUGCUCAAUGGAUUCCAUCUAAAUUUCGAAUUCGCCAAGGUUGACGAGGUCACGUUAGCGACAAUGUCGAGCCCGUUGAUCAACACAGGCUAUAGCAAACUACUUAAAACUAUACCGCAACAUCUGACUGAUAACUAUAAACUCAUUGCCGAACUCAUAUCCAGCGACGCUAGAAGCAAGACCGUCAAGAUCCAAAACUUACCGUUCAAAUUACCAAACACAACCCUUCGAAAAUUACUCCAUGACUACACCUUCCAAAGAUUACCACCCAUAACCAUAGAUGUCAACAACGAAACCAACAUUCAGUUAAUGAGGUUCGGCGAUGUUCAUCAAGCUCAAAGGUUUGUGCGUAAUUUCCAUGGCAAGAAAUGGGACAAGAUAGAUAAACGUAAACCAGAACAACAAUUUUACGAACCUAUACUAUGUGAAAUUGUCGAUUAACACCUUGUAUAUACAUGUACAUAGAACUAUUCACUUUCUAGACUUUUCCAACUAGACCGAACAAUCUCAUAAGUUGUAGCCUCAUUGCUGGUCUCGACAAUUACAUACUUUUCCCAGAUGCGCUUAUUCUGCCAAAUUAUAAUCACGCAAUCAGUACCACUCCAUCCAAUAACCCCCUGGUCAGGCUGACUAUCUAAAUGAUAUUUAUUCGUAUUGACACAGCAGAAACUCCAUGUGCUCUUAAAGUAUUGCGGGAUGGGUACACUCCCGGAUAACCGGUUCAAUACAUGCUGUCGGUUGGGUGCUUCACCAAUAUUGAAAAUAUGUAAUGUAUGUUUAUCACUAAGAACAGCUAAUCGUGAAUCAUCAGGAGAGAACUUCAUCGAUGUUAUUAUUGCUCGGUCUAAUCCUCUUCUGAACUCGUAGUGCAAUACCUGAUCGUGAGUGGAGUGGAUUCUGAUAAUCGUCCCCGUUACACUUGCUGAUGCAACAAGUGUCCCCGUCUUAUUCAAAGUGAUACAUCGUAACUUCAGUUUAUGAGCCUUGAUUAUAUGUAUAAUAUUUUGUCCAACGUCAACAAUCUGGAUUUGGCCCAUGGAUCGUGCUGGGAACGCAAGGGUUUGCGACUUAGUACUGGUGGAACUGAGUGAAGAUAUCGAUGACGCACUGGUAGCUGCGCUAUUACUAACACUGGCCAAAUCGGCAAUGCCAAACUCGUUGUCAAUUGUGUCAUAGCUGGUCAACAUCUUUGGCGGGGCCGAAAAGCCAUAUACGAUUAUCUUAUCCCUCAACACCACAAUGAUUCGGAUCCGCGAUAGCAAUACAUUGAUAACAGGACUGUCAAACUCCAAAGUCAAACUAACUUUGCGUUUCAAGUCAUCCCAUAUGACCAACUUAUUCGGAGCAAAUUUGGGUGACUUUCCCCCGCCAAUCAAUCCGAGAUAGUUUGUUCGAUGAAGCAUGCUGAUCUGGCCGAUCCCGGUACCUCCACCAUUGGUGGUGGUGGUGGUGGUGGUUGUUGUUGUUUCCGAUGCAGGAAAGUUUCGUUUGACUCGUAAAUCAAUGGGGUUUGUGUUGUAGACCAAGAAUCCUGAUUCGUGACCAAUGGCAAAACACCCUUGGUCCUGGUUGAAGUUUAUACAUAAUAUCCGUGAAUCCUUGGAGAGACCGGGUGUAGCGGUUCCUGGACCGGAAGAGGAGGAGGAGGUGUUGGUGGUGGUGGUUGCCAUCAUGGUUGUUGUUGUUGCAGUGGUGGUUGUAUUAAUAGUAUGGGUACUCAUGUCAUGAGGUAGUGUAAUGCAAAGAUAAAUAAACUAACAAUAGUAGUGAAGAGGUGAACUAAUGCAAAAAUUGUGGUGGGAAUGUGGACUAAAGU